AAUGGCUUUGAUGGGCCGCAUGUGGCCCGCGGGCCAUAGUUUGGGGACCCCAGGGAUAAUGGGAUGAAGGGUCCCCCAAAAGUCACACCACAGACAUACAUGUUUAUCUUUACACAUUAUCACAAUUGACGUAUUGUGAAUCUAAAGGAAAAUUCUGCCUCAGGUCUUGAUGACAAGUAUCACUGUUCCAGCUGUGAAUAAGAUAUGUCUUAAUCACUAUGUUAUAAAAAUGAAUAUAAUGACACACUGAAGCCAUCUCCUAAGAGUUAUUAUAAGGCUGCUUCCUUGGAAUAAGCUUUAGCCUAUCCCAAAUAAGUAACUUUCUAGGCUCUGUAACAAGAACGUAUACAAUAAAUGGUUAAUAGAAAAGGGAUCCCCACUCCCAAAAAUUUAGUAGGCUGUCUUAUCACUGGCAUGCAUAUUUUGCUCUACAUCUGCUCUACCUCAUUGGGGAAAAACUUGAAACUAUUAUCAAAAGAUCACAGCCCCUCCUCUCUCAUGAACAAGCUUUGGGGAAUGUGGGUAUGUAUAAGAGAGUAAGACUGACAGAAAACUAGCCAGAUAAAGAAAAGCCACCAGACUGUCAGAGUGGUAGGUAAAAAGCUGGUAGGUGGACAUGUUCUUUACCUUCAGUGCCAAAAGGAAGUACCAGAGGAAUGGGACAUGAGAGCAACUUUGGGAUAAGAGGUAUGGCAAUACGUUCUUAUUAAUACUUUUUCCUGCCUUGCUAGAUGAUGGAUUGCAAACCAAGGAUGGAAAGUUUGGACCCCAGCUCAACCAAGGACUCACUGCUGAUGGAUGUUGAGGGAAUCCUUUACCCCGAGGAAACUGGGAAGUAUUGGGAGGAGAUACAGAACUUUAAAGCUCGGACUGAUGAUCUUCUUAUUUGCACUUACCCCAAAGCAGGGACUACUUGGAUGCAGGAAAUUGUGGAUAUGAUCCAACAUGGAGGAGACCCAGAGAAAUGUGCUCGGGCCCCGAUCUAUCAACGCAGUCCCUUCGUAGGGUGCAGCUUUCUAAUUUCCAUCCCUACAAGCCUUGAAAAAAUAGACGCAAUGCCCUCUCCACGCACACUCAAAACCCAUUUCCCAGUUGAGCACCUACCACCUUCCUUCUGGGAUCAGAAGUGCAAGAUUAUUUAUGUGGCCAGGAAUGCCAAAGACAACAUGGUUUCCUAUUUCCACUUCCACAACAUGACCAGUAUAAUUCCGGACAGUGGCAGCUGGGAUGAGUUCAUGGAGAAUUUCAUUGCAGGGAAGGUUUGUUGGGGCUCUUGGUUUGAUCAUGUUCAAGGCUGGUGGAAGGCUAAGGACCGUCAUCCGAUUCUAUAUCUGUUUUAUGAAGACAUUAAAGAGGACCCAGCCCGUGAAAUCCAGAAAAUAGCUCAAUUCCUGGGAAUAGAUCUCUCUGCAUCAGUUCUCAACCGGAUUGUGCAGCACACACAAUUUGAGAACAUGAAAACAAACCCAUUGGUUAAUUACAGCACCUUGCCCUCUCUGUUUGACCUAACUGUGUCCCCCUUCAUGAGAAAAGGAAUUGUUGGAGACUGGAAAGCGCACUUCACUGUGGCUCAAAGUGAACAACUGGACAACAUCUGUGCUCAGAAACUUGCCUGCAACGACCUUACAUUUCGCACACAGUUAUAAGCCCAUAUCUGGACCUCUCACCUUCCUGACAGCACACAUAGGGAAUGCUGAUCUUAACUACUCUAAGAAAUACAAGUCAGGAAACCACAGCAGCAUCCAGCUAACCAAAGUGUAUAUUUAGUGUUUUGUCUUUUUUUACUUCAAUGACUUUGUAGUCACCAGUGAAUUUUAAUACAUUCUGUUAUGAUAUUAACAUAAAGAACAAGUCAAAUCUACUGAGUGGUGGGAAUGACUUCACCCCAAUACUGCAAGAGCAGGAAGGAGCAAAAAAGAAUGUGGAAAUACACAAGUGUUGCUAGGGCAAGAGAGAUUUAGGUGAGAAGUAAAGAGAAAUCAGACUAACUUAAAAGGAGAUGGUGCAAUUGCACAACUGAACAAUAGUGUUCAACCCAGUAUCUACUAUCAAUGAUUUGUUGGGAACAUGGAUGCAGUAAUAUGGUGAAUUUUGCAAUAGUCUUUAGAGAUAGGUGGUUAGAAUUCCAUGACCUGUUCUCGCUUGUUUUGUCUAUUUCUUCCUUGUCUACAGGGUGAAAUACUUAAGUCUACCUAGCAUUCAUCCCUUCUCUCCCCAGCAACCUUAUUGAAGUAAUCAUUUUCAUAGUAAUUAGAUCCUGUCUUCUUUUAUCUCUCAGACACACAAUUUAAUAAAUGUUUUUCUAUUCUUCUAAUACUGUCUUGAUUGAUUCCAAGCAGAGCUGGUCCUAGGUAUUUUUCAAGUGUAGGCGAACAGAAUUUUGCCCCCCCCCCCCCAAACCAAUCACUGAAAAAUAAAAGCGUUGGAUAAGCAAAAAUGUUGGAUAAUAAGGAGGGAUUAAGGAAAAGCCUAUUAAACAUCAAAUUACAUUAAGAUUUUACAAAUUAAAAACCAAAACAUCUGUACAAGAAUAUGGACAAUAAAUGUUGGAAAUGUAGGAUAAAUGAAGGUACCUUUUUUCAUUUAUGGUGGACAUGUAAAAGGACAUCUGAUUUUUGGAAAAAGAUACAUGCCAAAUGUCAAAAAAUUCUUAAGAAACAUUUUCCAAUGAAACCAGAAUACUACCUUUUGGGAAUAUUUGACCCGGGACUAUUCGCAGACCCAAAUAUGGACAAAUUGUUCACUUUCCUAUCAACAGCAGCGACAAUAGUUUUUGCUAGAGGCUGGAAGCUGGACACAUCCCCAAAUGUAAAUUAUUGGAUCAUUAAAAUAAUGGAUAUAAAAGAUAUGGAUAAAUUAACUUUUCUACUAAAAGAUAACAACGGCAAAGGAAUGAAAAAAACAGAUUGGUCACUUUUAGAAGAUUACUUGGAGAAACUUUAAAGAUACAAGCGGGAAAGAAUUUAUUACUAGUAUUAACAGUGAUAGUACCAAGGUGUUACUUUCUUUUUUUGUUUACAGGAAGAGUUAGAGCGGAAGUCAUUGAAAAUCCCUGUAAAUAUUUUUAUUUUUAUCCUUUUUUUUUCUUUUUUCUUUUUUUCUCUUUCUUUUUUUUGCUACCUUUCUGGCUUUUCUAUACACAUAUUGUUCCCCCACUUUCCAUGUAUAUUUAUUUCUUUAUCUUUUUCUCCUUUCCUACUUUCUAUACUGCACAUUGUUCCCCCACUUUUUAUGUAUAUAGAUCUUUUUUCUUUAUUAAUAAAAAUUAUAUACAAAAAACAAACAAAACCAAAACAUCAUGUUUUACAAGAAAUCAACAGAAAAAGCAGUCUCGACUGCGCCCCCGUA